AUGACUUCAUCGAUAUUAUGUAUACUAUCAUAUUUGUUUGCAUUUAUUCUAGCUGCAAAAAUUCCGGAAAAAUCAAUCAGAAAAGUUCAUCUGCCGCAAACGAAUUGUAAAUUCUCUGUACAUAAUGGUGGACCAAACGGUAAAGAAAUUUCGGGUACGAAUUUGUACUCAGAACUGUACUAUAAAAUAAAGUGCGACAAAGAAAAGGGUUACUGUUUACAUGUUGCAAAUUGUACAGUAAAAAGUGACAGGGAAAGUAUGGAACCGUAUCUUAUCAUCGAUGAACAUGGUUGCACCUUGGAACCAAGCUUGUUCGAGCAUGUACAGUACGAAGAUGACUUUACGGCUGGAAUCUACAAUCCAUUUCCGAUCCGAUUCCGCGGAUCCAGCUCAUCAGUGCAGUUUUUCUGUUCCACUACAUUAGUACCAACAAUUGAUGGUGAAUGUUCCCGCAAAAUGUGCACUUGGAAUGAAUACAGUUCCAACCAUAAUUCUGAGAAAAAAAAUUAG